AGUGGGCGUAGAGAGGAGUUUGUUGCUUUCUGUGCGUUUUUCUUUGCAAACUUUAAACAUGGUGCAGCAACUGUCCAAACCAGGAGCGAUGGAGACUCCUCUGCUGAAAGCUGGUCACCGUCCUGCAGUGAAGGCUGGAGGUAAACGGGUGGCCAAAAAAAGCUUGGAAGAGACUGGCAACCAUGGGACUACAGAGAAGGAGACAAAGAAGUCUGAUAAACUGAGCAGGUCCGUUGCCACCUCCAACAGGAUGCAACAAGUUGGUGUACUUCUGGCAGGAACUCUCGACAAGCUGAGCCAUGACUUUCCAGAGACCCCAGCAAGUGUGAGGCACAGCAAGGUGCUCCCCGUGGUGGAGAAGCACCACUCGCCCCGUUCGUUCUUCAUCCAGCAGCCGAGGAAGUGUUGAACGACAUGUUGAAGAAACGCCCUGAAGGGAUCCUCGUUAAGUCAACUGUGAAAGACAAACAUGAAGCGUUAGACACGUGAGGGGGCUGACAGGUUGUCUGUGAAGUGUCAGUGAUGUCAGACAUUUUAAAGAGAAACAUUAGCUUUUUUCUGCCUGUGCUUGUUUGUGAGGAUACUAUAAACCAGUCUUUCCUUGUGUUAAGAAAUAAAUGCUGUAGUUGUAUUUACCAGCUGAUGAAAAACACAUGGUAUUUGGGUAGACGUAUGUUUAAAGUGAGAGUUUGGGGGUUGUAAGGUGAGAGACUUUUGUGUCUUUGUUUUUUCAGUCAAACCUCACUAUGUAUUGCUUGGCACUUACUAGAUUUAAUAAAAAAUAUAUUGCAUGGCACCACUA